AUGGCUAACAACGAUGCUUUAGCUGAUGCUAUUAGGCUCCUAGUUGAGAACUUGAACCAAAACCGCAAUGAUAAUCCCGAUCUUGCUGGUGAGAUGUUUAAGAAACUUGCACAAGUCAAGCCACCAUACUUUGAGGGAGGUGGAGACCCAACUUUUCUAGAGAAUUGGAUUAGGGAGUUUGAUAAGAUUUUUGCUGCUUUGAAUUGUCCUGUGAAUAUGAGAGUGGAUCAAGCUGCCAUGUAUUUGAAGGAAGAGGCAGAUAUUUGGUGGAGGGAUAAUGGAAACGUGAUUCGUGCUGAGGUUAAUUUUGGUUGGGAGACUUUCAAAACCAAACUUAGGGAUAAGUUCUAUCCACCAUUCUUAAGGAAGCAAAAGGCUCAAGAGUUUAUCAAUCUGCAAAUGAACAAUAUGUCGAUUACUGAGUACUAUAACAAGUUUAUGAACUUGUCGAGGUUUGCUCCUGAAGUAGUGCCUACUGAGGAGUUGAAGGCUCAAAGAUUUGAGCAAGGUUUGACUAAGCAGUUACAAAAGGACUUGGCUGGAAAGACUUUUAAGACUCUUGAUAAGGUGUAUGGGAGAGCAGCGCACCUGUAUAGCUUGAAUGUCAGGAGUGCACUUGAGAGUGGGAGUAUUGGAGAAAAGCGUAAGGAUUUUGGGAAUUCGAGUGACCAAGGGAAUUCAUAG